GAUCGGGUAAAGGACUGGAUCAGCUGUUAUCACCUUGACACUAUUGAACUCACCAAUGUUCUCUCAAAUUUCGCCGACACCUCAUUGGUUUUGAUUGAAGAAAUUAUGGACAAGCUAGUUAAGGAAGGUAUUCUAUCUAAGAGCGGAACAGACAGUUACACGAUUAACAAGCAAAAGAAAUUCGACUAUGAUCUCAAUCCUAUAAAGGAAGAAAUGGAUGGCCAAGUUGUCCCAGGCAAGAAAGCCCAGCAUGAUAUUGGUGAAGAUCACAUGUACAUGAAGGCUUUGUAUCAUGCUCUUCCGAUGAGCUACGUUACUGUUGCAAAGCUUCAGAGCAAGCUUGAUGGAGAAAUCAACCAGACUACUGUGCGCAAGCUAAUUGAUAAAAUGAUCCAUGAUGGGUUUCUUGAUGCCAAAGGCAGCAGGAGGCUAGGCAAGCGCGUGAUCCACUCUGAUCUAACUGAGAAAAAGCUAAUGGAAAUCAAGAAAACUAUGGAUAUUGAUGCCAUGGAUGGGGAUAUUAAUGAGCACAAGUCCAGCCAUGCUGAGUUUCAGAAAAUGGGAAGCAUCAACAGGGAUAUGUCCACCUGUGGUGUUUUCCACUCCAUUGGAUCAGACCUCACACGCACAUGGGGCAAAUCUGAAACACAUCAAAAUGGCUCUAUAAGAAGCAAGCAAAAUGGUUUGAGGGCAAGGGAUUAUGGAAAUACCCCCACAAGUAGAGCUGAGAGGACACACUUUGGACUGGGAUUCCUGGAAACUACACAAAUCCAGAUGCACCAAAACCUUUUUCAUCGCGUACUUUGGACUGGGAUUCCUGGAAACUACACAAACCCAGAUGCACCAAAACCUUUUUCAUCGCAUCUCACUGAAACUUUCAAAUAG